UCUAAAAAUGGAAAAAUCUGAUGCAAAAAUAACCAACACUAGAGGUAAAUGCCUCUCGUGAUUCAGAGAAAAAGCUCAUAUCUUUACAAUUUUAUGUGGACAUGGUUUUUGAGCAAUUUGAACAAUACAAAACUUGAAUAUAUGCAAGCUGCUCUUCUUCGAGAAGCACUCAGCUAGUGACAAGUUCACUCGAUGAGUGAUCUGAAAAACUUCCUGUCUCAUAGAUUCAGAGACAUUUAUCAAAAUUGCUAAACAGGCUAGCAUAGACAGGAAAAUUCAUACCUCAGAGGAAGACAGAGAGUUAAUGAAAUAAAUGUGAUGGUUGAAAAUUUAUGUACAAAGAAGAGAUCAUUUCAAAGAAGUUGAUCAAUGAUAAGAUCACUAAUCUCUGCCCUAACUGCAAAAUCUCCUCUCUCCAAGGCGAUAAAGAUGCUCUAAAUCCUCAGAUAAUCCCUGAAAACUAUGAAGACAUUAUGAAAGAUGUUAAAAACUGGAUACAGAUCUAUAAAUCAGCAGAAGAUGACCAGCAGAGGCAAAAGAGUCUCUUCCUAAAAUAAAUUAGAAGCAGAUUUUAAUUUCUUAAGGAAGACUAUUGAGAAAAAGUACACACAGACUAAAGCUAAGAUCGAGAAGACUUUUGCACAGACAAACCCAUAUCUUAGUGGGUUCCUUAAUAUUAAUGAGCGGAUUGAAGACCUUAUUUAUCUCCAGCCUAAGACUGACGCUGAUUUUGAAAGAAGACAAAAACUUUUUAGUGAAUUGUUAGAGGAAGUGGAUAUACAUGACUGAAACUAACAAAAUAACUGGGACAGAAUUUGACUUAUCACAAAGCUUUCUGGAUAAUCAGC